AUGCGUUUCAGAACCGCGCGAGCCGCCAAUGACCACAUGAGAGCCAAGAACCACUGGUCUUAUCCCUACGACUGCGAGACUUGCAACCUUGCCUUUCGCUCCGAGGAGGCUCGUGAUGACCACCAGGACGAUGAGGGACACUACAAGCACCUCCACUGCUCCGAUUGCGACCGCUACUUCCAGAACGCCAACAACCUGGCUCAGCACAUGAGAAGCCGUGUCCACCAGGGCACCUCCAUCUCUUGUCCAUUCUGCCAGGCCGCCUUCGUCACUGCUAGCGGCGUCUCUCACCAUCUUGAGUCCUCGUCCUGCCCCAAGGCCAAGAACCUCUCCAGCAGCGUCAUCCACCGCAUUCUCAGCCAGCGUGAUCCCAACGGCGUCAUCACUGAACGCUUGCUCGAAUGGCACGACGCCAAUACCAUCAACUCGACCUGGAACCCUAAUCACGCUUACAACGGUUUCGGUUAUGAGUGCUACAUCUGCCACCGCGAGUUCAUCACUCCCAGAGCCCUUGAGCAGCACAUCCGCAGCCCUACCCACCAGGCCCCUCUUUACCACUGUCCCAACAAGAGCGGCAAGUGUGGUGGUAAGCGCUUCCCCACGCUCGCUGCCUUGUUCAACCACUUGGAGAGUGAGAGCUGUGGAUACGCCAAGUUCGCUACUGUUCAGAAGAAUGUCCGUGGUUUCUUCACUGGAGGCGGUCAGAAGCUGGUCUCUUUCUAG